AAGGAUUUUAGACAUUACGAUCGCAUUAUAUGAAAGCGAAAGUUUUCUUUGAAUCCUUUUUUAUGAUAUAUAUGAGUUUAUCAUUCGACUUUUAGGGUGUUCAAGUUUCCUUUCUUUUAGAGCAUUUCUUAAUCAUUCAUCGCGUGCAUUCUCGUAGACUUUGGAUAUUUGUUUAAAAAACUAGCUUUCUUUUAUUUAAUUCUUUUAUUGAUCCUUUUUCUGAGUCUGGAAUGAGUAAUAUGAAUAGUAUUCAAGAGGAUUCGUCGAUUCCUCAAGGCUUUAUGUCAAAGGACAGCAAUGCAUAUGGACAGCGAGAUCCUAGUUCUUAUCGAGGAACUGAAGAUACGAUGCCAGCUCCUAAAUUAUAUCCCAAGUUAAGUGCGCGACCUGCCAAUACUCAGUAUCAAUUCAAAGAAUCCUUAAAUAAGCGUGUAAAUGACCGUCUACACUCGUUAGAAAUGCAUCGGCCAUCUUAUGAUGCUCCUAUGGCUUCGAAUACUUCGGCGCCACCCUACGGUAGUACACCCAGACAAAUGCGUAUGCAUCCUCCUCAAAUUUUUCAGCAUAGGACUCCGGAAUUUAAGCAUCGGAAACGAAAUGCAGAGUCUGUCGUCACUCCGAAAGCUCCUGUCACGUCGGCGGGUGUCAGUUUGAACAAAGCACCUAAUACAUCCGCACAGGCAUUCCGUCAGCCCGCUCCCGCAUCCUAUCUACCCUCAUCGACAUCAUCCUUUUCUUUUCGCCCUCCAAAUACAAAUUCUCAAGAUCAAGUUGAUGACCCUUCUUCUUCUUACACAACUUCCACCAGUUUACAAAAGAACAAUCCGGAUGGUUCCUCAUUGCAGGUUGCCCAACCCGUAUCUCGUUUAGCACCAGCACCUUCGUCGACUGAAAUACCCAUUCCCCCGGUUACAAGCUCCUCUGAUUUACCACCAGAAAUUACCCUCAAUGCUUCACAGAAGCAGCAAGCAGCACUGGAGGCCGAAGUAGAAAGCUACAAAGCAAAGCUUAAUGGCAGUCAGCAUGAAAUUAAUUCUCUUCAUACAUCUUUAUCGUACCUUUCUGGUCAACUAAUAGCUAUGAAUGAGCAAUAUCAACUCCUACAAAACGAAUAUGCUAUCGCUUCGUCUGCUAAAGGUACUAGCCAGAAGCUGAUUGAAGCACAGGAAGAAGAUAAAACAUCCGUCUCUAGUAUUUCAUCGUCCUCUUCUGCUAGAAGACAAACAUACACUCAGGAAGAUGUUGACAAGUUGCUUCAGGAACGAAUGGAAAAAGUCGCCGAGGAUCUUCAUGCUCAGUAUUCAGCUAAACAUGCCCAAAAGAUUUCUGCUUUCAAAGUGAAUUAUUCGAAGAAAUAUGAUUUUACUAUUCAAGAACUACAACAACAAGUUACAGCUGCUGCCGCUAAUUCUAAUGUUGGUGAUCCCACGUGGGAAUUGGAAAAGAAGACUCUACAAGAGGACAAUGAUACCCUUCGAAAACAAUUAGAAAGAGCUAUUCAAGAACGUCAAGAAAUGUCUGUCUUCUUGGAAAACUUUAAGGCUGAUAUGGCCUCUAAUGAUCGUAGUUUUACUCAAAAACAAUCCGAACAAACUGACAACAUGAAUGUCUUAACAACUCAAAUUCAAGCCUUGCAAGAACAGCUGAAAAUUGAAAGAGAUGAACGACAAGCAGUUAUUCAAAUGAGUGAAGAGCUGGCUCAAAUUAUAGAAACUCUCGGAACAAAAUAGACUUUUGAAAUCCUUCCUUUUUUGUCUUUAAUUCUUUUGUGCUUCCCUACUUCUAUUAUAAGGCGUUCAAAAGUGUUGCAUUGUUGUCUUUAAUCACUUUCUAAGAUUUGCAUCGUUUGUUUAAUUGUCUUUUGACACAUUCUUUAUAUUUGGUAUAUUUGCGUUUUUUACUUACGGAAUUUCUUCUUACUAGUCUAUGGAGCUUGAACCAACAAUAUCUGUCAAUGACGUGGCUCUUUCACUACUACUGGCGGGUACGUAAAAAUCGCCAACCACAUGAGUCUUUUUUUUUUCCAAAGAAUUCGAGUUGCAUCACUAUUUGGAUGAGUCAGCUAGCUAGCUACUUUUUACUUAUAGAAAGAAAAAGGCCGUUUGUUUCCGUAAGCUUUGCAAAUUUUGUCGGGUUAAGAUUAAGA